AUGGUUCUCUUGUGUUCUAUUCAUGAUGUUCAGUCAGAGUCUAGCGCUAAUGCUGUGGCAACAGGGUCUAACACAGAUAGCAGCAGGAUUAGGCUAGCUAAAGUUGUGCGCGGGUCGUUUCAUCAGGGAAAUGCCCGAUUUGUGUAUGGAGGUGUGCAGUGUAUGGCUAUAGCUUUGGUCAGCUUAGCCAAACACACAGUGAGGAGCGCGUUCUCGUGGGACAGGCUGGAUCUGGAUCGCGCGUUGGUUGAAGGUGAUGAGUUGUACACGAGUCUGCGUGACCUCAACAUCUUCAGCCAUGUGUCUAAUCUGCUGUCUGUGCCAGAUUUGCCACAACAGCUGGAAUUAGACGGACAGUUGUUUAGGUUUGGUUUUGGCGACACGGUGUUAGGCGAAAUAGGCGUGACCGAAGGUGAAUACAUCGAUUUCGGUGUAUUCAUCAGCUUGCGUAAUGGACUGGAGAGAAUCUUCAGUCAAUACACCACAUGUCUUUUGACAAUGUGUGGAAACACCACUGCCAUCGUGCGUGAGGGUGGACAGUUCGCUGUGGUCGACAGUCACUCACGCAGUAACACUGGCUUGUUACACCACAACGGUACAAGCGUGGUUCUGCAUUUCGCGUGUCUUGAUGACCUGCACCACUACAUCUGUCGUUUGGCCGACAGUCUCCGUUCGAGGGAGAAGCUCUUUGAGCUGUGUGGUGUGACGGUCAGCACGGGUGCAAGUCCAGCGCGGUCUGGUGUGUCUGUGGAGAGUCUCAUCACUGGGAUGAGUGCUGCUCCAGCACCAGAGUCUAUUUCUCCAGCGAGGUGA